ACCAUCAACAUGACGGCUGAAGAAACGGUAAAUGUUAAAGAGGUUGAGAUCAUUAAAUUAAUCUUGGAUUUCCUGAAUUCAAAGAAGCUUCAUAUCAGCAUGUUGGCUCUUGAGAAGGAAAGUGGAGUCAUAAAUGGCCUAUUUUCAGAUGAUAUGCUUUUUCUGAGACAACUAAUCCUGGAUGGCCAGUGGGAUGAAGUACUUCAGUUCAUCCAACCUCUUGAAUGUAUGGAAAAGUUUGACAAAAAAAGGUUUCGCUACAUUAUCCUGAAGCAGAAGUUUUUGGAAGCUCUGUGUGUGAACAAUGCAAUGUCAGCCGAAGAUGAACCUCAGCAUUUGGAAUUUACCAUGCAGGAAGCGGUGCAGUGCCUACAUGCCCUAGAAGAAUACUGCCCUUCUAAAGAUGAUUAUAGCAAGCUCUGUUUGCUGCUGACGUUGCCUCGCCUAACCAAUCACGCAGAAUUCAAGGACUGGAAUCCCAGCACUGCCCGGGUCCAUUGUUUUGAGGAAGCUUGCGUCAUGGUGGCGGAGUUCAUUCCCGCCGACAGGAAGCUCAGCGAAGCCGGCUUUAAAGCCAGUAAUAAUCGUUUAUUUCAGCUUGUAAUGAAAGGACUGCUGUAUGAGUGCUGUGUGGAAUUUUGUCAGAGUAAAGCCACGGGAGAAGAAAUUACCGAAAGCGAAGUGUUGCUCGGCAUUGACCUUCUGUGCGGCAACGGGUGUGACGAUCUGGACCUGAGCUUGUUGUCCUGGCUUCAGAAUCUCCCAUCCACCGUCUUCUCCUGUGCUUUUGAGCAAAAGAUGCUGAAUAUUCACGUCGAUAAGCUCCUGAAACCGACGAAAGCGGCGUACGCGGAUCUUUUGACCCCUCUUAUUAGCAAGCUCUCGCCUUACCCGUCGUCCCCAAUGAGGCGGCCUCAGUCAGCUGACGCGUACAUGACCCGCUCUCUGAACCCUGCCUUAGAUGGGCUGACCUGCGGAUUAACCAGUCAAGAUAAACGGAUCUCAGACCUCGGAAACAAAACCUCUCCAAUGUCCCACUCCUUUGCCAACUUCCAUUACCCGGGGGUGCAGAAUCUCACGCGAAGCCUCAUGCUUGAGAAUACAGAGUGUCACAGUAUUUACGAAGAGUCACCCGAGCGUGAUACUCCAGUGGAGGCCCAACAACCCAUUGGCAGUGAAGCCUUGGGACAGAGUUCAGUGACAGAAAAAGAGCCAGCCACUGGAGCCCCAAAUCAAGGACCCGUCAAGCAAGAAAGAAAUGAGCUUCGGGAUUCAACAGAGCAAUUUCAAGAAUAUUACAGGCAGAGACUGCGCUACCAACAGCACUUAGAACAGAAGGAACAACAACGCCAAAUAUACCAACAAAUGUUACUUGAAGGAGGUGUGAAUCAGGAAGACGGAGCCGACCAGCAACAGAAUCUUACAGAGCAGUUUCUUAAUAGGUCUAUUCAGAAGCUGGGAGAAUUAAAUAUUGGUAUGGACAGUCUAGGAAAUGAAGUAUCAACCCUCACCCAGCAAUGUAAUGGGAAUAAAGGAAAUGCCUCCGGUAGUACUUCAACAUCUAAUUUUGCAGGGCCGCCCCAAGACACUAGUCUGAGGGGAGUCCAGGACACCCAAAGUAUUAGUACAAGCACUCCUCGAAAGAAUGGUUCCGUAAGUCAAAUACCUUUCCUUGAAGAAUCACCUGUCCGGGGGACGCAAAGCGCUGCAGACCAUUCCGUCAUUCAGCCGCAUUUCGGAGAGUCUCCGGGUACUCUCUCAAGAGCAAGAGGCGAAGAGGAUGACAAAUCAAAAAAACAAUUUGUUUGUAUUAACACCCUAGAAGACACACAAGCUGUCAGAGCUGUGGCUUUUCAUCCAAGUGGGGGUUUGUAUGCUGUGGGUUCAAAUUCCAAAACUCUGAGAGUGUGUGGCUAUCCGGAAGCAAUUGAUCCCAGUGGCUACAGCACUCCUAAGCAGCCAGUUGUCCGUUUUAAAAGGAACAAGCAUCAUAAGGGGUCUAUCUACUGUGUGGCGUGGAGCCCCUGUGGGCAAUUAUUGGCUACUGGAUCAAAUGACAAAUACGUCAAAGUACUUCCUUUCAAUGCCGAGACCUGCAAUGCUACAGGACCCGAUCUGGAGUUCAGCAUGCAUGAUGGGACAAUUAGAGAUCUGGCUUUUAUGGAGGGCCCAGAAAGUGGUGGAGCGAUUUUGAUAAGCGCCGGAGCAGGAGAUUGUAAUAUUUACACAACAGAUUGUCAGCGAGGACAGGGCUUGCAUGCGCUGAGUGGUCAUACAGGCCACAUUUUAGCACUUUACACUUGGGGCGGAUGGAUGAUUGCGUCUGGUUCCCAAGACAAGACUGUCAGAUUCUGGGACCUGCGAGUUCCUAGCUGUGUUCGGGUUGUAGGCACAACAUUCCACGGAACUGGAAGUGCGGUGGCAUCGGUGGCCGUGGACCCCAGCGGCCGUCUCUUAGCUACAGGUCAAGAAGAUUCUAGCUGCAUGCUGUAUGACAUCAGAGGAGGCCGGAUGGUGCAGAGUUACCAUCCCCAUUCCAGUGACGUCCGUUCCGUUCGCUUCUCCCCCGGUGCUCACUAUUUGCUUACAGGCUCCUACGAUAUGAAAAUCAAGGUGACAGACCUGCAAGGGGACCUCACCAAACAGCUUCCAAUUAUGGUAGUCGGAGAGCACAAGGACAAAGUGAUUCAGUGCCGGUGGCAUACCCAGGACCUCUCCUUCCUGUCGUCUUCCGCGGACAGAACUGUGACCCUCUGGACGUACAACGGCUAGAGCGUCCCCGCGGGCGACCUAGGCAGAUCAAGCACAGAGACUUCAGACUACUGAACUGUAAAAAUUAGGAGUUAAAAGGAGCAGCAGCCGAGCGGGAGAAUGGCUUAGCAGGAGGAGGCACUCGUGUCCGUUGAUCUCAUGGCUAGGUGGUGUCGGUGUUUCGUAUUAUUUUUGCCGUGCUUUCCAGUCUUCCAUGCCGAACUCACGCUGCUGUGCCUCUCGUAGCCCCGUUGCCAAAACCUGUUGGAAGAGCUCUUUUGUUGUCAGUGUGCACUCUAGGUAAGAUGAAUGAUGUGUUUACAGUUAAGUACUUAAAUGCAUUCCUUGGUCUCUGACUACAUGAGGAUUUUCUAGAUACACUAAAAGUGGACUUUAAUCAAAAUCGAGGUAUGGACUGCAACUAGUUCGCCACAAAAUCAACUUAAGGGGUAAUUUUCUUUUUUGCCGUCGUCACACAUCCAUUGUGUGCCUCACUCGUCAGGUAUAGGUCAGACUUUUAUAUGCCUCCAAAUGUUACCCUGUUGAUUUUAGUACAUGUAAGUGUGAAGCAAAAGGAUGGAUAGGUAACUGCUUCUUUGUUUUAGCUCUUAAUUUUCUUAAUCAUUUAAACCAAGGACAAUUUUGCUGUUUUUUGACAUAGAUUUUUUUUUUUCUUUCGGUAAGCUGAAAGGUAAGAUGUUGGCUUCAGAAACCAGUAACACUUCACUGUUUUGAAUGCAACAGGAUACCUCCAUUAACUGAUGUUCUGUAGAAGAAGCAGCUGCAACUAGUGCAGCACCUGAGGGUACCACACAUUUUCUGGCUAGCAUUUUUUCCUCUUAAAAACAGAAACCUACAGAUUUUACUGUGGACUUGUAGCAUGGCUUGAAAUGCUAUGCCUGCAUGAUAAUUUCAAAAGUGAAAAGUGAAUUUACCAGUCCCAAAGCUUAUUUGGAAUUGUUUUCUUGCACUGUUGUACGUAAAGCAGAGAUAUGGUUUUGUUUCUACAGAACUGUAGAGUCUGAUGUUCAUGUAUUGUUAUAUUUUCAUAUUGUAUAGUUAUUUGACUUUUAAGUUAUGAUAAAUAUUAGGUCACUUUAUUUAUUUAAAAUGCGGUUGUGUUUUAGUUCUAAUAAUUACUAAACUGUCUGUGCACUGUAGCAAGCGUUUUUUAACGGUUAUAUACAAGUGGAAAGGAUAUUAGAAGUGUAACUGUGCUAUAAUCUCAAUAAAGACAUCUUGACACCUAAAA